AUGGGUAGGAGAUUGCUCAAUUUGCAACGUCCUCCUCAGACUCUAGAAGCACUUCGAGAGGAGUUGGUGGUUGCCUGGAAUGAGAUACCACAGGAGGACAUUGACCACCUGAUCAGAAGCAUGCCUAGGCGCGUUGGAGAAUGCGUAGCACAUCAGGGUGCAUCCACACAUUAUUAAAGGUCAAAGGGCUUUAAAGCAGUGCAAUCAUUUUGAAAUUUUUAUCAUUUACUUAUUAUGCUUCAUUAAGUACUUAUACAAAAUUUUAUCAAAAUAAAACCAUUUAAACUGGGUGUUCGGAUUUAUAUGUCACUUAGUAUAUUUCAUUUCAACUGCCUGAAGUUUACUUUUUUGUUGUUGCGAUAGAACCCAGGAUUCGCAUCCAUAUAUCAAUAUAGGUCUAUAUAUUGUAUUAUACACUGUCAUUUUUGUUUUCUUGGACACCUCUUUUUUGUUGAUAAAACCUUUAUUCAUCGCAUAGUACAAGUUGUUUGCCUUCCAUAUCUGGUCAGAAAUUUCUACUUCAUUUCUGACGUUCCAAUAUAGCUCCCAGAUAUUUAAAGGAGUGCAUCUAUUGCAAUUUUACAUUAUCUAUUCGUAUGUCCAUAUUGAGUUUUUCAUUUGACACAGCCAUAACUUUAGUUUUAAGUUUAUUUAGUUUCAUACUAUUA